AUGCCCGCGCGUAAUUUAGACCAAUUGCCUUAUUACGACCUACGCAAGCAGCGGAAGGUUGCGCUAGUGACCGGUGGAAACAGCGGUAUCGGAUGGUAUACGGUACUCCACCUUUACAUGCAUGGCUUCGUGGUGUAUGUUGCAGGGCGAAACUCCAGUCGCGUGAACCGCGCAAUGAAAGACAUCAAGAAAGAGGCUAGGACGCGCAUUAAAACCCUGGCUACAGACCAGCGACAUCCAGUAGGAGAGCUUCACUUCCUCUCACUAGAUUUGACAGCACUGAAAGUGGUUGAAAAGGCUGCAAAAAGGUUCAGAAGCCUCGAGUCGUCACUAGAUGUACUAAUCAAUAACGCAGGCGUCAUGGCCCUCCCUUACAGCGUGACUGAAGACGGCUUUGAAAUACAGCUGCAGACAAAUUACGUUGCCCACUUUUUGCUCACUAUGCGACUUUUGCCGAGUGUUAAAAGGUGUCGUGGUAGAAUAAUAACCGUCUCCUCUAUCGGACAUAACUUGGAGUUUUCGUACUUUAGCCUUUCGCAGAGCUUUAACUACAAGCCCAAUAUGCUCUUUACGUGGAUGCGAUAUGCCAUGGCCAAAACGGCAUCCAUUCAAUUUGCGAAGAUGCUUGCUAUCAAACAUCCAGACGUCUUGUGUAUAUCAGUUCACCCGGGCCUGGUCAUGAAGACUAACUUGUUCAGUUACUGGACCCGACUCCCAAUUGUCGGUAUUUUCUUCUGGUUCUUCUUCCAAUUAGUGGGUUACUUUUUUGGAGUUUCCAACGAGGAAGGGUCCGUGGCAACUCUUAAAGGUGCCUUGUCUACUGAACUUGAACGGGAGUGGGACAACGGCAAAUAUUAUACAACUGGGGGAAUUGAAUCGAAACCUAGUUACGUCGCAAACAACUUGGACAAUGCGGCCUCCACUUGGCUCUGGACUAUACAUGAGCUUCGUGACCGCGGAUACGAGCCCACUUAG